AUCACCACGAUCGCAGCACUGUACCUGCUCUGGUGGUCCCAGAUUCAUCUGAGGGCCAAACACCGCCGUCGGUUUUGGGUGCAUGAUACCCUGCGGAGGCGCACUGAGCUUGGCGAGUUCCACCAUCUCCUACAGGAGCUCCGCCUGGAUGACGGUCGGUUCCAGCGGUACUUCAGGCUAACUGCUGCCCAGUUUGAACACCUGCUAGCUAGGUUUUGCGCCAGGAUCUCCCGGCAGGACACCAACUAGGCGCUCCAUUUCAGUUGUGGAGCGCCUGUCCAUCUGUCUCCGGAAAACCAUCAGAUGACCUCUCCAUCCGGAUUUUGCCCCUUCAAGGCUGCCUCACAAACCUCAGAAAAUGAAGGGAACAGAGAGAUAGGCUACUGGAGGUCAAUUAAUCAAGCGACUUCAGCAGCUUAUCCUGAUGCAGUGACUGAAACGGUCAUGAAUUGCGAACCUGAGAGCACCAAGUUUGAGAGCACAUCAGUUGGGACAGAUCUUUCUAUGAAAAAUAUAGAGGAUCUGCUGAGUGAAAAUGCUGCCCUAAAACAUCACGACAAAGAAGUGGAGAUGAAAAUAAAAGCCCACAAGGAAAGCAAAAUACAGCAGGGGUCUCCUGUUUGUGACUUACAACACGAUAACAAAGUAAAAUUCUACACUGGGCUUCCUUCUGCUUCAAUGUUUUUUACACUAUUGACUUAUCUCACAACAGCCUGGACUCCCACAACCUCAACAGUGACACCAGAAAAACAACUCUUUGCUGUGUUGACGAAACUACGCCUUGGCCUGACUCAUCAGGAUUUGGCUUAUCGAUUCAACUCCAGUUGUGGUACCAUAUCUGCCAUUUUCCAUGACUGGCUGCAUGUUAUGUCAGAGCGUCUACAAUGUCUUAUUUGCUGGCCAUCUCGAGAACAUGUGAGAAAGAGUCUUCCAGAUCUAUUCAGAACAAAGCUCUUCAAAGGUGUAAGAUGCAUCAUUGAUUGCAGUGAAAUCUUCAUACAGCGACCAACAUCUCUCAGCGCCAGGGCUUUAACGUAUUCACAGUACAAGUCCCACAACACAGUCAAAUUUCUUAUAGGAAUAAGUCCAACAGGAGCUGUCACUUUCCUCUCCAAAGCUUGGGGUGGGCGAGCAAGCAACAAAGUCAUCACACAGCAGUCUGGUUUGAUUGACGUCUUAGAGCAGGGAAAUGUUGUUCUUGCUGAUAGGGGAUUCAAUUUUCCAGAAUAUUUUGCCACAAAAGGUGUGAGACUCCUUGUACCAUCGACCCGUGGCAAAACAGUACUAACAGGACUGGAGGUGUCAAGGUCUCGUCAGAUGUCACGGGCAAGGAUACAUGUGGAACGCUCUAUUGGCAAACUGAAGGCCUUUCACAUUUUGAAAAAUACAUUGCCGAUCAGCAUGAUUAAACACAGGACAUCUGACAGCAUGGCUACAAUUAAUAAAAUAUUACUGGUUUGUGCAGCUUUGUCAAACCUUGACAAACCCCUUGUCUGUUGAAGGUAACUUUGGGGACUGGAUAUGUUUUUUUUAUUGUCUGUCUACUGGUGGAUUCAUAAAUGAAUUAAUUAAUAAAACAUGCUUUUUAUAGUGUGCAAUUUCCAGCAUGUGUUUUAUUUAUAAAAAGUUGAAAUCAUAAAACACAAUUUUAAGUACCGAAGUUUCACAGUUUUAACGU